UUGGAUGAGCGGGGCAGGGGGGUAUAGCAAGUGAUGAGAGAGAGAGAAAGAGAGAGAGAGAGCCGUCUUCACCAGCUCAUGUCUCUCCAACAGCAGACACACACACACACACAGCGCUCGUUAAUAGGCUCCAGAUGCCUUUACAGAAAACGCACGUCUGCAGGCUGUGUGGAUUGCCUCCUCUCUCCUGAAUCACGCGGAUGUGAAUCUAUCUUCUCUGUCAUCGACCAAAAACAAGAUUAUGGGGUUGUGUGCGAUUUGCCAACACGUGGGAAGCUUAUUUGCGAGGCUGGAGGCUGUGCGCCCGUCCUUCCUGUGAUGGAGGAGCGCGGCGGUGGUGCAUCGGUGGAAAUGAGUGAGAGGUGCAGAGGAGAUAAUCAAUGAAGACACCGAGGGCUCCUGUGCGUUUGGGCAAGGUCAGAGUCUAGCCUGGGUGAGAUUAUGUCCAUGCGGGGACAACAAGGACGGACUUUUACGCUUCCUCUCGGGGGAAGAGGUCGCCUGGGGAUGUCCCCUGAAAAACCAAGAGUUUCUCUCUCUGUGUUGGAUUGCAGAGGCAGCGAAAACCCCUCCAUCCGCAUGAUCAUGGUUGAGCUUUAUUUUUGACAACCUUCAAGCUGCAUGGCUUCUUUCUUUUCGCCCUCAGCCCGGAGAUAAAGUUUCUUCGCUCUGCUCGACAGGCUGGGUGAUUUAUUCGGCUACAGAUUCGUGUAAUUGCACCCAGCUGAACCCGGUUAAGGUGAUCUAGAGGCUGCUGGUUACACACAGAGGUUGCAGCGGUGGCUUGAAUUCCAUCAGAGCAGCGUCAAAACAGCGGCGGCCAGCUGUGUCACAUCUGUCGUUGUUGUUGUCGCUGUCCAUGGUGCUGAACUCGUGCUCUAGGAAUGGUGGAGACGCUGAGUAUCGCAGUCAUCGGUGCUCCCGGAGUGGGGAAAACUUCUAUAAUCCGCCAGUUCAUCUAUAACGAUUUCUCGGAGGUGUACACGCCGACCAGGACCAGAUAUGUGUACAGACCCUCCGUCAUCCUGAACGGGAACAUGUAUGAGCUCAAGAUUUUGGACGUCCCGCCAAUCUCCUCCUUCCCAUCCAGCUCCAGUCAGGAGUGGCUGGAUUUGCGCUGCCGGGGUGUUCGCAAUGCCAACGCCUACAUCCUGGUGUACGACAUCUGCUGUGUGGAGAGCUUUGAAUACGUCAAGAUGAUCAGACAGCAGAUAGUGGAGCACAGGGAAGGCAGCAGCAGUGAGGUGCCAAUCCUGGUGGUGGGCAACAAGAGAGAUCUGCAGCGGCAGCGCUUCAUGCCUCGCAGAGCGGUGUCGGUCCUGGUGAAGAAGACGUGGAAGUGCGGUUACGUGGAGUGCUCUGCCAAGUUUAACUGGCAUGUAGUCCUGCUCUUCAAAGAGCUGCUGGGCAUUGCCGUGGCACGGGGCAUGCGCCAGAACCACACCUCCAUCCGUCUGCAGGGGGCGCUACAGAGGAAUCGCUGCGCCAUCAUGUGACCCAGAGAGCUCCCUCCACCCCUCUCACCUCAGGAGUGGAGCGGCAGUGGAGAAAAAGGACUUUUUAUCUAAAUGGCUGGAAAAAUACCCUGUGGCCUCUGCAUUACUGAGCUGAUUUUUUCAUAAUGAGGUUUAUUAGACUCUUGCGCUGUAAAAGACACUCAAUUUUCACACAUGGUCAUCCAACCACUUCCUUCUGCUAAAUGUGUAAAUGCAAGGAAGGAGGUAGAAGAGAGAGUGAGUGAAAACCAAUACGACUAGCAUAGCACAGUUUUUUUUCUCACAUCAUCUAGACAGUUACUCAUUUGAGGCUGUGCUUCCCAAAAUUACACAGCAGCAGGUCUUACUGAGGGUUGUCUCGUGGCUGUAGAUGGGCCUGACGGGAGGGAAGCUGUUUUGGUGAGACUCAAAAUGGAGAGGCAGCAAUAUCAUAGAGUCUUCCUUUUGAAUUUGUCACAUUCAGUACAGUCAACAGCUCAUAUCAGACACAUAUGGAUUGGUUUGAGGGUAAAUGGUCGACAAGAUAGAACAACACAGAGCAAAAAAUGGCUAAUGCUUCACUUCUGGGCUGAUUAUCCCAAAAUGUAUAGUUCUGAUUAGAUGGUGUUUAAUUUUCUGAGAAGUAGCCUGCAGGUUUUUUUCUUCCCUUGUCCCUGUUUUAAACUUGGCCUACAGUGAAAGCUAUUUGUUAAGACGUAGGGGGUUUUGAGGUUGUCUUGCAGCAGAAAAUGCUGCAGUCGCUAUCAUGAUGUACUGUGGGUCUUUAAUCUGCUCCCUCCCCUCACUCAGUGUCUGUUUCUGAUGAAUACAUUAAAUCCAGGGAACCGGGGACCUGCAGGAGGCUGCAGAGCCUGAAACGAGAACCUGUACAUGCAAUGUGGAUGUGUGAGUGUGUGUGUGUGUGUGUGUGUGUGUGUGUGAGGGAGAGAGAGAGGGAGACAGAGCGAGGCAGCUGACAUUCAGGCAAGCAAAGGACAGACACAACAAGAUAAGAGCAGACGUAGAAGCUUUGGAUUAGGGAGCAAUAAAAUCUCACAGGGAUGUCCUAUCUGACUCUAUGUACCACAGUAUUAUAUUAAAAAUGCCUCACUUACAGUAGACGUAAUCCACUCGCGCUCAGAUACCCUGCAGAAAUAAGGAAGCCGAGCUUAUUGACUUCCAAAAACACCCCAUGAGUGCAUCACAGACACACAGGGAACCUUACUAAAGCUUUCAUAUGAGUAUCUGAAUAGUAUCUAAUUGGUAAUGUUGUGAGAUUAACAGUUGCUUUUUCAUUUGAUUAGGCCUAGAUAGGUAGUUUGUGACCAUGGCUGCACUGGAAGUAAGCAGACCUAUUGUAUAUAGGAGUGAUUCAUAGAGUAAUUGACUUGCAUGCUUAUGUUGGUAGAGCCAACUGGUCAGGGUUUAAUUGCACUGAUGUGAAAAUUUGAUAUUGUGUUUAAUUUUUUUAAUACAUGGUUUUCUGACACUGUAAUGAGCAGCUGAGUGGAGUGAAUGUGGUCGUUUUUCACUGGCAUGAUGAGAGCACAAGCUCAUGUUUCUCUCCAAGAUGUAGUGUUGAACCCUUCAAUCAGGGCAGAUGGCUGUGUUUUUUUCCUAGUUUAAAAAAAGAAAUAUGUAGCAGCAACUGUGUGUAGCAUGAGUUCUCAUCGGUUUGUCUGUGUGCGCGUUUCCAAAUAAAAAGGGCUACAGUUUUUUAUCAGAAACGUCACUUGUAUUUAUUUUUACUGUGAUAGUACUGUGAGGUUUU